AUGGCGAGCAAAAAGCGAGAAAUACAGUUACAGACCAUCAUCAACAGCCAAGCCUUAUGGGAUGAGAUGCUGCACAACAAAGGCCUGACAGUGAUUGAUGUUUACCAAGCCUGGUGUGGUCCGUGCAAAGCCAUGCAAACUUUAUUCAGAAAAUUGAAAAAUGAGCUGAACGAAGAUGAAUUGCUACAUUUUGUUGUAGCAGAGGCUGACAACAUUGUGACUUUGCAGUCAUUUAGAGAUAAGUGUGAACCUCUCUUUCUCUUUUGUCUUAACGGAAAAAUGGUGGGAAAGAUUAAGGGUGCUAAUGCACCACUUGUUAGUAGAACAAUUCUUACAUUGGUUAAUGAAGAGCAGAAGAUUAUGGAAGGUGAAAUGGUACGCCCUCAGUAUAGUGAAAUUGUACUUGUAGACAGCGAUGAGGAAUAUGGCAGUGAUGGAGCAUCUGAAGGAAUUGAGGAGCUAUACAAUAUUGUCAUCAUCAGACCUGAUGCUGUAAUGAAUGGGAAAACGUUUGAAAUUAAGGAUAAAAUUACCAGGGCAGGAUUUGACAUAGAAGCAGAUGCGAAGAAAUUGCUUACUGAAGAACAAGUAAGGGAUUUCUACGAUAAAAUUAAUGACCAGCCUGACUUUGAAGAUUUUAUCUCUUUCAUGACAAGUACCAUAAGUUAUAUCCUAAUUGUAUCUCAAAAUGAGUUGCCUAUGAAAGAAACAGAUCCUACUGUUGAUAUGAUGCCAGAAGAUCAAUAUGAAAAAGAAGGUAGAAGUUACUCAAAAAUGAAACGAAGCCAGCGGAAUAGUUUACUAGAACACCUAGAAAGGUAUCAACUGUCUUCAUUUUGUGAUAUCGAACGUAAUCCUGAAAAAGUAGACAAGCUGAUUGAUAUUUUCUUCCCUGAUUUUAAAACUAAGAAGAGCCUAAAUUUAGAAAAGAUACUGGUGUUACUUCGACCAAAUCUUUUUCGAGAAAGAAAAGAUGAUGUUUUGAAUGUUAUUCAAGAAGAAGGAUUUAAAAUAUUGAUGCAAAAACAAGUUGUUUUAUCAGAAGAUGAAGCACAGGCAUUGUGCAAAGAAUAUGAACAGGAAGCUUAUUUUGAAGACCUUAUAGAAAACAUGAUCAGUGCUCCAUCUCUAGUCAUUGUUUUACUAAGAACCCAUGGUUUAAAACACUGGAAAGAGAUAAUUGGACCAAAUUCUGUUGAUGAAGCCAAACAAUUUUAUUCAGGGAGUUUAUGUGAUCAGUUUGCAAUGGAAAAUUUACCGAUCAACCAAUUGUAUUGGAGUACUUCAUUAGAAGCUGCUGAAAGGGAAAUACAAUAUUUCUUUCCUGUUGAACACACUUUAGUACUGAUUAAACCUCAUGUAUCACUUGAAGAAAGAGAGGAGAUCUUAAAUAUUAUCAAAGAAAACUAUUUUGAGAUAACAAAAAUGAAGGAAAUAAAUCUAACUGAAGAGUAUGUAGAAAAAAUUUAUUACAGUAUAAGAUCAAAACCCUUUUAUAAAGAUGUGGUGGAAGUAUUAUCUGAGAACAAAAGUCUUGCUAUGAUUCUAAGUAAGUGGAAUGCUGUUGUUGAAUGGAGAAGAUUAAUGGGGCCUGUCAACCCAGAGGAAGCCAAACUGCUGUCCCCAAAUUCUAUUCGUGCCCAGUAUGGAAAGAGUAUUUUGAGAAAUGCUGUCCAUGGGUCAUCUAGCAACUUCGAUGCAAUGGAAACUAUAAGUAAAGUGUUUGAAGAUUUUGUUAUGGAGAAUUCUAGAUAUAACUAA